AUGCAAUCAAACAUCAAGCUUCCCUCUAUUAGUACUUUGCUGAGCGGUGUGCCGGCCCUCACGAGCGAGCGUGACUUGCCCAUGCUAACCCCCGUGGGCCCUGCUCCGAUAGGCAUGAUGGCUCCUCUACAGCCUCGUGCGUACUCAAUAAUGGUUCCAUAUGGGUGGCCCGCUCCCCAACUGCGUGCUAGCAACCCAGCUACUGGACCUUAUCCCAUGUCCGCCGGCUACCACGUGGCCUCGGGGUCAACAAUGGUGGGUGCGCAUGCUCGCGUGCCCGUGAUCAGUCCCCGUGGCUCUGUGGCCGUCACGCCCUCCGUGUCCCCUCUUUCCAGCAGGUCGAACUCCACCGAACACUCCAAGAAGGCCCAGGAGCCAGCGGACACCGCAGAACUCAAGUGUGUGUGUCGCAACAACACCCAGAACGGCCAUCACAUCCCUCGUCCCCGCAAUGCCUUCAUUCUGUUCAGACAGCAUCUACAUCAGCAACUGUUUGCGAAAGAGUCGUCAGAGUCCACCGAGUUGUCGUUCAAGACAAACUCGCAGGUCUCCCACGAGAUUGGCCAACGCUGGCGCGCGCUGGAUGAUAAGGAUAGACAGUACUGGCAGGAACUGGCGCUAAAGGAGAGAGAGCUACACAAGCAACGUUACCCGGAUUACAAGUACAUCCCGCGCAGAGCGCGCGCUGGCAAGAGACAGCGCAAGGAUGGGUGCGAGUACUGUCGUAAGAAAAGAAGCCAUAGCUCGUGA